AUGACGGAAGGUUUAGUAAGAAAGAGAGGGACUAUUAAGGGAAAAUUAACUAUUUUUACAAAAUUUGUAGAUAGUAGUAAUAUUGUUGAGGGGAAAAUUAAUGACGAACAAUUUCUUAUUGAAUUUGAAAGUAGAUUAUCUAGAGCGGAGAGACUGUUGGAUGAAUUUGAAGAAAUUGAACAAGAAAUGUUGGUUUUAGAUGACAAAUAUAAUGGAGAGUCUGAAUUAAUAAAUUUUGAAAACUUAUUUUAUAAAAUUAUUUCGAAAGCUAGAAAGAUUGUGAAUGACAGUAGAUAUCCUGGUAAUGCUAAUGAUAAUCAAAGUUUGGUCAGUGACGUAUAUGGUGGGGGGGCUAAGAUUAAGUUACCUCCAAUUCCGAUAGCAAAUUUUGACGGUUCUGUAGAAAAUUGGUAUGACGAUACUCCCAUGUUGGUUGAUUAUCAUUUAGAUGCGUUGUUGUUGUUUCCAAAUAUGGUAAAGGAGUCAGCUGAUCAUUUGAGAAAUAUGUUGGAUACUAUGACAGAAACCCUGUUAACGUUGGAAAAGCUUGACAUUUCAGUGGAAAAUUGGGAUCCAAUAGUUAUACACUGCCUAACAAAAAAAUUUGACGACAUUACAUUUAGAUGUUGGGAGGAAAAGCGGCCAAAGGGAAAAGUGGCUACUUUGGAUGAAUUCAAAACGUUUUUAAAUGAAAGGGUAGAUACUUUAAAGAAUAUUGAGAGGAAUUCAAAAAAGGUUAAGGAAAAUAAGGAACAUAGCGCUGGUAGCCACAAUAACAGAGGACAUAAUAAAUGGCAACGACAUAAAUCAUUUGUGAACACAGAGUCAAACUUAACAGAGACUAAUACAUUCAGUGUAACAAGUCAAGAUCCGUUUUGUCAUUAUUGCAAAAAUAAACAUUACAUUAAUAACUGCGUGGAAUUUGGGAAAUUAAGAACUUUUGUGAGGUACGAACAAGCAAAAAAGUUGGGCCUUUGUCUAAAUUGUUUAAAAAAGGCAAAUCAUACAAGUAAAUACUGUAAAGCAGGUAACUGUAGGAAAUGUGGACAAAAACACAACACGAUGUUACAUUAUGAUGUAAGACCAAAUACAGCUACGGAAGUUGGUCGACCUGGUGGUAACAAAGAAUAUGAUGGAGCGAAAGCUGGAGAAACUGGUAAUAGUGGUGGUUUGCAAAUUGGAACGUCUUCUUCACAGGCGUUAGAGGUUACACAGCAUGUUGGGUCGGUUGUUUUGGAUAAUGGGAUAGAGGUACCAGGAGAAAUACUAUUAGCAACCGCAUUAGUACAGGUGAUGGCAAAGGAUGGCUCAUGGCAAACAUGUCGUGUUUUAUUGGAUUCUGGGAGUCAGCCAAACCUGAUUACUUCUGAGUUAGCUGGUAAGUUGGAACUUCAACAAGAUACAGUCACAAUCAGAAUUUUUGGUAUCAAUCAAAAGUCUUCUGGUGUUAGUGGCAGAUGUAUGGUUUCAUUUAAGUCAUUGCAUAAUAAUUUUCAGAAAACAAUUUCAUGUUUGGUUGUGGCAAAGAUCUGUGGUUUGAUACCUAGUCAAAAUCUAAAUAUAUCUCAAUUAGAUAUACCCCCUCAUUUACCGCUAGCUGAUGCUGGAUUUGGAUUUUCUGGUAAAGUGGACAUGUUACUAGGUGCCGAGAUGUUUUAUAGUCUUCUUUGUGUGGGACAGAUUAAAUUAUCUGAGUUUCAACCCGUGUUGCAGAAGACAUUGCUGGGGUGGAUACUGGCUGGACCGAUGCAGAAUCCACAGACGUAUAACUCAACUAUGUGUAAUUUAAAUGUAGUUGACAUUCAAAAUCAGUUGGAGAAAUUUUGGGCCGUGGAAGAAAUUCCUCAAGAGAGGCAGUCAUUGUCUGUUGGUGAAUUAGAGUGUGAGAGAGCAGAGACAACAGAGGAAUUAUUGGAAUUAUGUACCCAGAUGGUCUCAAUACUAAAAGCUGGAGGUAUGGAAUUACGGAAGUGGGUAUCAAAUGAUGAAGAAGUGCAACGGAAGUUAGACAGUUCAGUCUUGGUUGAUCAGUUCCGUCAUCACAUCAGGGAGCUGGGAUUGCGAUUUGACAACGGUUGUGUGACGAAGGGUUGA